GUAACGUAAAAUCGGUGUUGUCUCCUCGCGCCGUUGCUGCCGUGUCCUACUCGUUCAUUAGUAUUAUUAUUUCCCCUUCUGUGGUUUGGAAGAGUUGACUCCUUCGUGAGCCCACCACCCCUCGUGCGCACGCACGCAGAUACGGCAGAUUCCGCAACGCGCCGUUCCAGCAAGCGAACACACACGCACCUGCGGAGACUUUACUCUCGCCCUUCUUAACUUCUGUUGUCUUCUCGAUUUAGUCAUUUUUAGAUUCUCUUUUGUUAUACGCGCAGUGGGAAGGUUCUCUUUUUCGUUCUUUCGCCGAUGCCAUCCCCUGUCGCGAGAGCCGCCGACUCCUGCCACGUCAGCGACCCACGCAGCGGCUGCGGCGGCGUCGCCUCUCCCGUCAGCGCCUCGUGGCGCUCCAGCGACACCGAGAAGGAAAGCUCGCUGAGCGUGCCCUUCCUACACCUCUGGCUCCCGCCGCGGCAGCCGCAGCAGGGCGAUCGGGUGGCGGCGAAGGCGUCCUCCCUCGCGGGCCGUGCACGACGGGCACCGACUCCUCCGCCUCCUCCGCGGACUACGGCUGCUGCUGCUGUCGCUGUCGCUGUCGCUGCACGUACGCCGGCACGGAUCAUCAGGAAACAGCAUCCAAGAAGUGCGACAGGACGCGCUGACCGGUACACGAGCAGCAGCAGCAGCGGUGGCGGCGGCGGCGGUGUGGCGCAGGCGGUGCGCAUCACGCGCCACGAAGCGAGGCACCAUCACCACCGUACGAACGACGACGGCGCGUAUCCGCGUGGGGCCCCUUCCGUGGACGCUGCUCAUCGCUGUGCUGCACCCCGCACGUCGGCGCGCGCGGUGCUGGGCGAGCUCGACGCCUCGCUGUCGCUCUGCUCAGCGGACUUCUUCGUCCGCCGCACGGCGCUCCCGCCACCCGCCAGCGCCGACGACCCAAGCGCGGGAAGAGACGUGUCCGCCGCGGCGCACCGCGCAUCGCUCUCCCUCUCCUCUUCCUCGCUGCCCUCCUCCGCCGACGCUGCCAGCCUUUCUCUUCGGUCCACAUCCGUGCACACCUGCGGCUCGACCCCGCGGACGGCGCAGCAGGCAGCGGUAGCGGAAGGGGCGGAGGGCACGCCGUUGCCGGUCCCUCCGCAUCCACACGAUGCCGCCACGCCCUUCACCUCGAUGCUGUGCACCGCGGCCGGAACGCCGGUGAGCAGCGAUGGAAAGCCGAAGGAGACGACGAGGGCGAAGACGGAGGAAAAGCGUCGGUCACCGCUGCCACGGCGCAGGGAGGCGGUCCCAGCGUCAUCGCCCACGACAACGACGGCGGUGGAGAGUACAGGAGGUGGUGCGUGCCCGCUUUCUGCAUGGACGCCACCGCAGCGGUGUGACUCACCGACCGCCUUGUUCUUCCCCGCACGCCGCGGCUCGACGGGGGAGCCGCCACGCGGUCGCCGCACGUCGUGCAUCUCCCUCCUCGCCAAUGCUGUAGCAGCCAUGAACACCACGAUCACCUCCGCAGCAGCAGGAGCAGCAGCCACACCCCUGUCAGUCUCCGCCCGUAGCCGACGAAGCCGCGACACGCACAGUUCGAAUGUGCUGGUGAUGGCAGCGGCGCACAGCUGCGGGGUUCUCUGCCCCGCCCUGCACGACAGCGACGGCGGCAGCCGCAACGACCCCACCUCUGUCGGUGCGGUGAACCUCCCGAUGCUGCCCUCCACCAGCGCCGUUCUGCCAGGGCGGAAAGGAGGAGGAGGGGCUGGAGGAAGGCCGUACGCGGAGGGUGCCCUGUGCGCCCCCCUCGCGGCGAUGGCGGACAUUGGCGUGCUGCUGUGCAGCUGCUCGUCGUCGCCGUCGAGGGGCUCCCUGUCCUCCAUCUCCUCGCGCGGCGCUACCGGGUGCGAUGACGCGCUGAGUUCGUCGCCGGAGGUGAGGGAGGAGAACGGAAACGGCGACGACGGCGAGGCGCAGACGCAGGCGCGAAUCCGCCCACACGCACCGCCACCACCACCACCACCGCAGCUGCCGCCGCUCCCAAGCCCACCAGACGCGAACGUCGAGGCCCUUCGACGCCGCAGCAGUGUCCUGCACACCUGCAACCGCAGCAACCAGCUAAACGGCGAAGAAAAACGGCUCAUGAAGGUGCCGCACGCGCGGUCCGCGCCGGCCACCACACACAGCGGCAACGACCGCGGCAGUGACGACGACGACGACAGCAGCAGCGAGCGGCAGGGUUCGGUGUCGGCGCGUCAGCAGCCGCCCGUAAACCUGACCACCGCGGUGAAGUCCGCUCAUCGAAGUAAACGGAAGGACAACGGCGUGUCUCGCCCAUACGCCCAGCCGCUCAGCACCCCGCUCACGUCGCUGCGCUACCACCACCGCCUCCGUGAAGAAGAGCUGGCGGAGCUGGCGGAGCUGCAGGCAUGUCUUGCCGCUUUCGUGUUCCCCCCACGCACCGCGCGGGCGACUCUCUCGCGCACCGACGCAUCGUCCACGCGUCCCACGCCGUCGGCGACUGCGGCAAACAUUAAGAGCGACAGUAAUCGUAGUAGUUGUCGUACGAACAACAAGCGGGGGAGCCAGUGUGGUUUGCUGUCGCCGUCUACCAGCAAUUCCCCGUUGCCCAGGCCGCCGCCCUCGCGGAGCACCCCGGCGGUACGAGCAAGAUACAGCCGCCGACACACCAAAAGAUCGCCGGAGCGGUGA